AUGGCGCUCCACACGUUACCCAACGAGAAAACGGUCCAGGACUCGGAAAUGCAUCACGAUGCCUCUAAUCCGGAGCCAACCGCCGAGCUUCCCCAAGAAAUGGGCGCCUUUCAAGCCUACAAGAGGAUCUUCCGAUACGGGUCGAACAUCGAUCACAUACUCCAAUGCAUCGCAGCUGUGGCAGCCGUUGCCUCCGGGGCCGGUAUCGCCCUGCAGACCCUCAUCUUUGGUAGCUUUAUCACGACAAUGAACGACUUCGUAGCAGGCGUGUCAUCUGCGUCUGAAUUCCGUCAAGGUGCCGGUGAUUUGGCACUUUACUUCGUCUAUCUUGGAAUUGCAAGAUCCGUGCUUUCUUAUGCAUACAACCUGCUUCUUACAUACACAGCCCAUCGUAUUACCCGCAACAUUCGCUUGGAAUUCCUCCGGGCUGCCCUUCGCCAGGAGGUUGCUUUUUACGACUUUGGCACUGGCGGCUCAAUUGCAACUCAGGCCACUUCCAACGGCCGCUUGAUCCAGAGCGGCGUCUCCGAGAAGCUUGGCCUUGCAUUCCAGGGAAUCUCCGCCUUCGUUGCGGCUUUCAUCGUCGCCUUCUCGGUCCAGUGGAAACUCGCGCUCAUCUGCAUCUGCAUUGCCCCAGCCACUUUCCUCAUUAUGGGGAUAGUCUCGGCUAUGCAAACUGGCUUGCUGAUAAAAUCGAUUGGCAUCUACAUGCGCGCUAACUCUUUCGUAGAAGGGGUCCUGGGGGGAAUUCGGGUUGUCCACGCCUUCGAGAUGAGGGAGAGACUUGUUCAAAAGUUUAGCGAGCAUCUGGAGCAAGGUCGGCGUGUUGGCAAGAAACAGUCUCCCCUGCUGGGUAUUAUGUUCUCGUCACAAUACACCAUCAUUCAACUCGGCUUCGGCCUUGCUUUCUGGCAAGGUAUCCAUAUGCUCGCGAGGGGGGAGAUCGAGGACUCAGGGCAAAUUUUCACGGUAGUGAUGUCGAUCAUCCUUGCGUCCACCAACUUGACAUCGCUUGCACCCCAUUUUGUAGACUUCAGCCAGGCCGCGUCUGCUGCUUCCAAGAUUUUUAGUCUCAUCGACCGUACCUCUGGUAUCGACCCCUUUAGCCAGACUGGUGAGAGGCCAUCCGAGGUCAAUGGAAUCAUCGAAUUGGAAAAUGUGAGGUUCGCUUAUCCAACCCGGCCGAACACGACGGUCCUGCAAGACUUUUCUCUUGCCAUUCCCUCAGGGAAGGUGACAGCCCUGGUGGGUCCUUCGGGCUCGGGAAAGAGCACCAUCAUUGGGCUGCUUGAGCGAUGGUAUAAUCCGCUUUCCGGCUCCAUCAAGCUAGACGGUCGCCCGAUUGACCAAUACAACCUGAACUGGCUUCGCAUGUCGGUGCGCCUUGUGCAACAGGAACCAGUGCUGUUUCGCGGCACCGUAUUCGACAAUAUCAAGGAGGGGCUAGUCGGUACCGAAUGGGAACAUGCUACCAGGGAGCAACAACUUCAGAAAAUCCAAGAUGCUGCCAAGAUAUCAUUCGCGCACGACUUCAUCACUGAGCUCCCCGAUGGCUACGAUACCGAGAUCGGACAGCGUGGCGGGCUUCUUUCCGGAGGGCAGCGCCAACGCAUCGCCAUUGCUCGCAGCGUUGUCUCCGAACCUAAGAUCCUCCUUCUUGACGAAGCAACGAGUGCACUAGACCCUCACGCCGAGACGGUCGUCCAGCAAGCUCUCGACCGAGCAUCCGAAGGCCGCACCACGAUUGUGAUCGCCCAUAAGCUUGCCACCAUCCGCAAGGCGGACAACAUCGUCGUCAUGAGCAAGGGCCGAAUCGUGGAGCAGGGGGACCACGACUCCCUGAUUGUUAACAACGGCGUCUAUGCUAAGCUUUUACGGAUCCAGAGUCUCACUGUCAGGACAAAUGCAGAUCCAGAGUCAACCGCUACCAGCGACAAGGAGAGUGAUGUUGAGGCUGAGACAGAUGGAGGUGGCGAAGUUCACAAGCUACUAACUCGCUAUCCGUCUUCAGUCCAAGAGCUCAUGGGGCGCAACAAGGACCGGGAUAAUUACGACCUUCACAAACAACUGGGCAUCUUGGCAGUCAUUUGCCGGCUUGUCAAGGAGACCCCAGAUGCCGCUUGGUCGUAUGUCUUCGCUACGCUGGGUGUGAUAGGAGGAGCAACCGCCUUUCCGGCCCAGGCAAUCCUUAUAUCCAAAGUGGUCACAGUAUUCAACUAUCCGAAGCCUCAGCUCACCGAGGAUGGCGACUUCUUUUCCUCAAUGUUCGUUGUCCUAGCUGCGGGUUGCCUCUUAUCUUACUUCUCGCUCGGAUACUCAUCAAACAAUAUCUCACAACAACUCAACUACAAGUACCGGAAACAGGUCUUUCAUGACAUCAUCCACCAAGACAUACAGUUCUUCGACCGGCCAGAGAACAGCACCGGUGCUUUGACCAGCCGGGCUGACUCUUCUCCCCAAUCCAUCCUUGAACUCAUGGGGUUCAACAUAGCCCUGAUAGGCAUCUCGGUGCUGAAUCUCGCGGCGUGCAGUAUUCUCGCCUUGGCGUACAGCUGGAAACUUGGUCUGGUUGUCGUUCUAGCCGGCCUCCCACCCACGGUCAUGGUCGGCUAUAUCAAGAUUCGUUUCGAUGCGAAGCUGGACCGCGAUAAUUCCAAGCGCUACUCAACCAGCGCGGCCAUCGCCUCCGAAGCUGUGACUGCCAUUCGAACAGUCUCCUCGCUAGCCAUUGAGAAAUCUGUCCUGGCCCAAUAUGGUGCGGAGCUAGAUCGUGCUAUUUCGGAGUCAAGGUCGCCACUGUGUCAGCUUAUGAUCUGGUUUGCCAUGAUGCAGGGUAUAGAGUAUUGGUUCAUGGCUCUGGGUUUCUGGUAUGGCUGUCGACUUCUCUCGUUCAACGAGGUUGACUUGGGCGCAUUCCUCAUUGCCUUCCUAGGCGUUUUCUUCGCAGGCCAAGCAUCCUCAGCCAUAUUUCAAUUCUCGACUAGUAUCACCAAGGGCGUCAACGCCGCCAACUAUGUCUUCUGGCUGCAUGGUCUCCAGCCGACCGUUCGGGCUACGCCUGAAAACAAAACCCGUGGCCCUGAUAGUGGAGAUUGUAUAAACCUCAAUGAUGUCCGCUUCUCUUACCCAUUGAGGCCGGAUAUCCCCAUUCUGAGGGGCGUGAAUCUGAAGGUCAACAAGGGUCAGUUCGUUGCCCUUGUGGGUGCGUCUGGCUGUGGGAAAUCAACCAUCAUCGGGAUGCUCGAAAGAUUCUACGACGCUACCACCGGCUCCAUUACGAUCGACGGCUCAGCCCUGCUGCCAGACCUCAACCCCCGCCUCUAUCGCCGCAUCGUCGCCCUUGUCCCACAGGAGCCGGCUCUUUUCGACGGCUCCAUCCGUGAAAACAUCGCCUUUGGCAUCUACAGUCCCGAGCAUGAUGAGAUGGCCGCACAGGCCGAGCUCUCAACGGGCGUUCCUGACGCCACCAUCGAGGAGGCACUCCGCUCCGCCAACGCCUGGGAUUUUGUCUCUUCGCUCCCGGAGGGUCUCAACACAGACGUCGGGUCCAACGGCUCUCAGCUGUCAGGCGGACAGCGGCAACGCAUCGCCAUCGCACGAGCUCUCAUCCGAAACCCCAAGAUCCUACUGCUUGACGAGGCCACCAGCGCGCUAGACACGGAGAGCGAGAAGAUUGUUCAGAAUGCCUUGGACGAGGCGGCCAAGGUCGGCGACAGGAUUACUUUUGCUGUUGCUCACCGUCUCAGUACUAUCAAGGAUGCUGACGUUAUCUGCGUCUUCCAUAAUGGCAAGAUCGCAGAGGUUGGGACGCAUGCCGAGCUGGUUGCGCAGGGUGGCAUGUAUCAAGGCAUGUGUGAGGCACAAGCUCUCAACUAG